GCGACUCUCCGGCAGCAGAACCAGUACGGUGACGGUAAUUUCCUCAAUUUACACACCAAUUCCGAUUCGACGACCACGUCGCAGCAGCAGCAGCAAGGGUCGAAUCAGUGGCUCUCGAGAUCAAUUCUUCAGCGCAACGAAGUGCAGGUCUCGAACGAUUCGAUGAUGGCUGCUGCGGCGAUAUCGCACGAAUCGGCUGAUUUGAACAACAAUAAAGUGGAGAACAAUGGAGGAGAGAUAACAGGGAGCGAUGUUCGUGGUGGCGAGGGAGUUAUGAAUUGGCAGAGUGCUAGGCUCAAAUCUGAAAUUCUGGCGCAUCCGCUUUACGAGCAGUUGUUAUCGGCUCAUGUUGCGUGCUUGCGUAUCGCAACACCGGUGGAUCAGUUGCCGAGGAUUGACGCUCAGCUCGCUCAAUCGCAGCACGUGGUGGGGAAGUAUUCGGGUCUCGGCCAUGGUAGCAUUGGCGAUGAUAAGGAGCUCGAUCAAUUCAUGUGAUAGACAAUUACUUAUUGGAGCUGAGACUGUUGAUAUGAAAAAAUGGCCAAUAUUGCUGCGUAUUCAUUGAGUGUUACUCAUGAUUGAGAAGCUUUGAACUGCAGUUUUGAGAAAAUAUUUACUGAAUUUGGAUUACAUGGGGGCGAAAAAUUUAAAUUUGGAACUACGUAGUAAAAAAAUUUCAACAGCAUACUUCUCACAAUAAUGGACUGACUCUAUGAGCAAUGACUACAAAAUGCACCGCUGAUGAUGGAGAUUGCCGUAAACUGAGGUUCUCCUGAAACCUAAGAGUCUGUGAGCCUUGCUCUUGACCUUAGAUACGAUUAGAAUCAAUAGCAACGCUUUCUUCUUCUUGUUCUUCUUUAAGAAAUUAAUUGACGCGAACAAUAAAUCUCAUAACCUCUGAUUGAGAAAGCUU